CCUAGCUUGUUCUCAUUCAUUUCAUUUUUCGUGGUUUCAAUCUCUGGCAUAAGGCUCCCGCGUCGCACCCCACUCCUCCCCUCCAAACCCUCCCAGCCACGCUCCCUCGCACGUGAGGCUCUUGCGUCGCAGCAACAACUCCGCAAUACUUGACUCGAGAAUGAGCCAUUCAUUCAUUCCAAGGGACGACCCCUGACGCUUCCACUCUUUCUUUGGUGGCGGCGUCGUUUUCUCUCCGCUUUACCCAUUCAUUCAUUCACGUUCUUUGUAAGUCCCCUUUACUCCUUCUAUCAUCAUUGGUAAGUCCCCUUUGCUUUUGAUUGCGAUCGUUUGUGCCCGCGAGAGUUAUUUUUUUUCUCAUUUGGAUAUUUUGCCGAGCACCUGGUGCAUGUAAAAUCAAAAGGUGCAAUGCAAUGCGAUGUGAUGCGAUGCGAUGCACAGUAGUAGUUUAAUAAUGUAGUGUCUCUUAGAGAACUAGUGGAGUGUGUUGUGAAGCUAGUUAAUCUUCUUUUUCUUCUCUAGUUUGACUUGCACGUGCUAAUAUUUUAUUACAUACAAUUUUUGUCUCUUUUUGUGUGUGUUAAUUCCGGUUUUAACAAAAAAAAAAUUGAAAUUAUAUUAUGUACUGUAUUAUUUGAUUUAUUUUGUCAGACAUAUUUACUUGGUGAUACACCUGCUGGGCUUAGAGUAUUGAGGGAGAAGGAGCUGAUAAAUCUUAGAGGUGAUGGGAAAGGAGUUAGAACAUUAUCUGAUAGAACAUAUGAUUUCGAUACAUAUAACGAUCUGGGAAAUCCAGAUGAAGGAGUUGAGCUUACCAGACCAACUCUCGGUGGAUCCCAAAAUCAUCCAUACCCAAGACGCUGUCGUACUGGCCGCGCUCCCACUGAUAUAAGUAACAUUAACAACUCAAUCACUAAGAACUGAUUCUUACAUGUAUAAAAAAAUUGACCAUUCACUUUAUUAUAAGUAUAUACUAAUACAGUUCUUAAGGCAUUGACUGUGCCAGGAUUUUUUUUUUCUAAAUUACGCCUAAAAUACUCUCUUUUUUUUAAUAAAAAAGUUAAUGGGUGAGGAGAGAAUUGAUGAGUUUUACGUUAUACAAGUUACUUGGCAUAUAUAACACAGUAAAUUGAUGAGUGUUACAGAUAUGCAUGCUGAGAGUCGUGUGGAGAUGCCACUGCCUAUGUACGUACCAAGAGACGAACAAUUUGAUGAGUCUAAGCUGAACACAUUCGUAAUCAAGAGGCUCAAGGCAGUGGUCCAUAACUUGAUCCCUGGUCUUAAGGCUAGUCUUUCUGCUAAUAACCAUGACUUCAAUAGAUUUUCAGACAUUGACGACCUUUACAGUGAUGGCCUGCCCUUGCAAGAUGAAAUUUUGAAGAAAAUUCCAUUGUUACAAGUGCUCACAAAGAUACAAGAAUGCAGCCAGGGACUUCUUAAGUAUGACACUCCCAAGAUUAUUUCUAAGGACAAGUUUUCCUGGCUGCGAGAUGAUGAAUUUUCCCGGCAAGCAAUAGCAGAAGUCAACCCUGUUAACAUUGAGGGGCUUAAAGUUUUCCCACUGGUGAGCAAACUCGACCCGGAAACAUAUGACCACCAAGAUUCUGCACUCAAAAAAGAGCAUAUUCUAGGACAACUUAAUGGCAUGACCGUGCAACAGGCAAUAGUGGAAAAUAAGCUGUUUAUGGUAAAGUAACGCGAUGUCUAUGUUCCAUUUCUUGACGGGAUCAAUGCCCUUUAUGGGAGAAAAUCCUAUGCUACCCGCACCAUAUUUUUCUUGAUACCGCUUGGCACUCUCAAGCCUAUUGCUAUAGAGCUUAGCCUCGGACCAAGUUUCGGAUGAAAACGUGUAGUUAUUCCUCCUGUGGAUGCAACUACAAAUUGGAAGUGGCAGCUUGCCAAAGCUCAUGUGUGUGCCAAUGAUGCUGGGGUGCACCAACUUGUUAACCAUUGGUAAGCGAACCAUAUAAAGUAUUUAACUACAAAUUACAUGCACGUAGAUAAUGAGACUAAGAAGAUUUGUUAAUGCAGUGAUUGUUUUUCCUUUCAUUUUUAAUGAGGCUAAGAAGACUUCUUAAUGAAACUAAAAGUAUCUACUUGGUUGUGCCAUUGGCUGCAUUUCUCUGGUUCAUUUGCUGAACUAAAUUGAUGUUGCAGCUCUAAAUGCUAUUGUAUCUCACUUGUGUACAUCCUGUUUUGUUUCUUCUGCGGUAGGAUAACAAAUUUUGUAAUUCAUAUAAGUGUUAGGUAUUGAUUUGGACAGUAAUUCCAUAUCUAAAAGGGUCUUGUUUCCA